CAGGGUUUGUGUGCAGAGAAGGUUUCUGUUAUUGUGUGAAAAUGUCUAAAGCUCAAGUGUUGAGAUCGCUGGUGAAGCAGCGACUAACUGCGGCUGCUGAAGAGAUAUUUGGGCUGUUUGAAACGACGAUAGCAGAGUACGAGGAGGAACUUUGUCGUUCAAAAGAGGAAAACGAAAGAAAACAGAAACUCCUUGACACUGUUUUAAACCCUGAGCUUCGCUUACAGAGAGCAGACGUUCAGCAGGUGUUGGUGGUUAAAGAAGAUGAAGAUCCCCCUGAAGAGGAGGAACUGGGCUUCAAUUUGGACCAGGAGGGCCCAGAGCCCCGAAAUAUUAAAGAGGAAGAAGAGGAACUCUGGACCAGUCAGGAGGCAGAGCAGCUUCAAGGCCUGGAGGAGGCUGAUACCAUGUUUACUGCUGUCCCGGUGAAGAGUGAAGAUGAUGAAGAGAAACCUCAGUCCUCACAGGUUUAUGAAACACAAACUGAACCGAUAGAAAAUGAAGCUGAUAAAGAGGACUGUGGAGGACCAGUGGAGGACAUGUACUCAGCUCCAGAACCAGAUAAUAAGACUGUAGAUGCUUCUGAACCAGAGACUGAUGACAGUCAGGACUGGAAGGAGACCAGAGCACCUCGGUCAGGUUUAAGCUCUUUGAAAGCUAAGAAUAAAGUCUCUGUUAGUGCUGGUAAGAAACAGUUUAGCUGCUCUGAGUGUGGGAGAGGAUUCAGGGACAGGAGAAAUCUUUAUAGACACAUGAAAUGUCAUUUAGAAGAGAAACCUUUCAGCUGCUCAGUUUGUGACACAUCUUUCACAGAGAGUGGAUGUUUACAGAGACACAUGAGAAUCCACACAGGAGAGAAACCUUUCAGCUGCUCAGUUUGUCACACAUCUUUCACACAGAGUGGAUGUUUACAGAGACACAUGAGAAUCCACACAGGAGAGAAACCUUUCAGCUGCUCAGUUUGUCAUAAAUCUUUCUCACAGAGUGGCAGUGUACGGACCCACAUGAGAAUCCACACAGGAGAGAAACCUUUCAGCUGCCCAGUGUGCAAUAAAACAUUUCUUCGCAAGGAAUAUCUGACGGCACACAUGAGAACUCACACAGGAAUUAGACCGUUCAAAUGCUCCCUUUGUGAUAAAGGAUUUAUGCAGAGGGCAGCACUGAAACGACACAUGACCAAUCACACAGGAGAAAAACCUUUCAGCUGCUCAGUCUGUCAGAAGAACUUCACUCAGAGUGGAAGUCUAACAAUACACAUGAGAAUCCACACAGAAGAGAGAACUUUCAAAUGCACCAUUUGUGAUCAAAGAUAUUUCCGCAAGGGACAUGUGGAGUCGCACAUGAGAACUCAUACAGGAGAGAAACCUUUCAGCUGCUCGGUGUGUCAAAAAACUUUUUCACACACUGGAAAUUUACAAACCCACAUGAAAAUCCACACAGGAGAGAAACCUUUCGGCUGCUCACUUUGCGAUAAAACAUUCAGCCAAAGGUCGAGCUUGCAGAUACACCUUGCAACUCAUACAGGAGAGAAACUUAAGUUGUUCAAUUUGUGGCAAAACUUUCAGCCAGGAGUCGAGGCUGCAGUUGCACAUGGAAAGUCACACGAGACAGAAACCGUUUAGUUGCUCAGUUUGUGAUAAAACAUUUAGCCAGGAGUUGAAGUUGCAAAAGGACAUUACAACUCAUACAUAGUGAUGCACAGAAUCUAACUUUUUCAGCCCUAAUACUGAUGCUGAAACCUGGGCUUUGGGUACCAGCCGAUACUGAGAACUAAUCUGAUACUAGUGUAAAAUUGAUAAGCUAUAUGCCUUACUGUGUGGAAGUUACUGCGAGCAUACUUUUAUAUUUAAGGCAAAAUCAGUCAUCAGUCUUCAAAUGAACAGUAAUCACAGUUUAGACUUACUCACAGCCAUACAUUUAAAACAUGUGAAACAACAAUAUUUGGCUAUCUUGGAUGAAUUGUUGAGUGUCGGGGUCCAAUAUAAUAAUCCAGUAAUCGAGCAACAAUAAGCAAGUAGAUUAGGAGUCGAGUGAGUGGGAACCUUUCUCUCAGACUUUAAACCAUGAGUCUAGUCUAUGGAAAACACUGUAAAAGAAACACUGCACUAUAUGCUGUACACACACCAUGCUUUGUGAUGUUUCCUACUACCGACAGAAACCUGAACAGCAGCUUACCUCUGUCUCAUAUUUAACAUUUGAGUUGUUCUUGUAGAGCCAGUGGGAGAGAAACUGGAUGGGGUUCACAGGACGCUGCUCGGCCACUUCAGCGAGUCCUUCUGCCAGACAUUUCCCCAAAUGUCUUUUAAUAUGCUUGGAGUCCAUGUUUUUAUCUGUAGGAGCAAUAGAAACACAACUUAUAUUUACUUUCUGACGGUAAACUCAUAUUAUUGAAAAGUAAGCAGAUUUUAAGCUUGUUAACAGAAACUUACCCAGAAAAUAAACAUUUAACAUCCUCUUUUUGACGUUAAAGUUAAGUUCUACAGUAAGUACUUGUAUUUUUAAUGUGUAUUAUUUCUAUUGUAAGCUAAAUGUCAAGACAAACUCAACUAAUCCUCCUAACACUGCUGUUCCACUACAGAAAACCCAAAUAAUUAAAGUGAUAGUUUUCUGCUACUCUGAUAUUGAUUAAACUAAAGUUGAUUGAUCCCCCUGAAUGUCACAGCAGCGGAAAUACACUUAUAGAUGCAUAGCAUGAGCAGACACAGCUUGACUUUUAUUUUGAAACUUUUUCUUUGCUGAGUUUCUUUUUUCUUUCUGUGUUUCUUCAUUUUGUCAUGUGGAUCUUUCUCGAUGUUAUUAUGGAUCUAAAUUGUCUCACUGUAUGCCAUGGUAACCGUUAACCCUCUGAGGUCUGACCCUAUUUUGGCCGUUUUUGAAUACUUUUGAUUUUGCCCUUCAUGUACCACAUAAAGAUGUUUACUGUACCCAUA